UUUGAGGAAGUUGUUUGCGCUAGCAUCAUGAUAGGUGGUUUGUGGGCGUUCGUGAAAAGGCACAGGCGAAAAUUCGUCUUCCUUGGAUCUUUUGUUGGUGGGAGCUGGCUUUUGUAUAAAUACAUCUGGAAGAAGAUACAAGAGAUCCGAGAUGAAGAGGACAAACAAUACUUAAUUCUUGUCAGGCGCCAGCAUCACUUUGACAGCAAUCAGAGAACGUGCAACAUGACAGUACUGGCGAUGGUCUCGAAUGUGAGAGAAAUACUAACAAAAACCUUGGACACAGAGAGCAUCAAGGAGAUGUUGAAAUCAAACCCACAAAACAAACUGGACCUUUGGGAAGAGCUCAAGGUUAUGAGUGUUACACGUACACUUGCGUCGGUGUAUGGCACAUGUAUCCUGUCAGUGAUGCUCCGAGUUCAACUCAAUGUGGUCGGGGGCUAUCUCUACCUGGACAGCGUCCACCCAACCAAUGGACAUAAGGUGGAGUCUGGUCACAGUGCCCAGAUCCCUCAGCGGGUACAAGAGCGUUACCUGUCUCUUGUCAAACAGUUUAUUGAACAAGGUUUCCUUGAUUUCAUCAAUUAUCUACGCCUUGCUGUGAUGAAAGAGAUUGGAUCGCUACCCUUGAAAGAGUUGAUGUCUCUGGAUCAGCUGACCUCCGUGUUCGAUCACAUCCGUGAGCGCGUGGAAUGUGGUGUGGACAAACCCACGCAGUCGUUGUACCCAUACCUGCUGACCAGUGAGCAAGUGCCUGACAUUGCCAAAACUACGGUGCAAAACUCUGAAGAUGAGCUGCUGGAGAAGCUGAUUGCAGAAACAAGGGACAUUCUCGAGAGUAAUGACUUCCACACUGUGCUCAAGGGCAGCAUCGACCGCGGCUAUCACUGCAUUCUUGAUGGUGUUGCUGACCACUACAAGCAACAGUCAGCUUCAACUGAACAUCCUUCUGGGAUUCAUGAGAUUUCCAUAGCUCUGGCCAAGCUAGUGCCUGUGAUCAACUCUCUGAUGUACAGCAUCUGCGGGGACGCUCCCAACCCUUUUAUACAGGAACUACUCUUGAUGGAAGAGCUCAAACAGCUGGCAGCCAACGUUUAUGAGGCCUUCAGUCAAGAUCCCUCGGAAAAACCCUCGAUCUGAGUGCUGCAUUGUUGCCGUGGCGAUGCUCUUUGUUGUUUUGUCAGGGUUAGUGUUGGGAGACGGAAGCCAGGUUGUGAAAUCACAGAAUCACAGACUGCUUGAGGCCUCAAAGGGAGGGGGGGGGGGGGGGCACAUGACAUGAGAGCACAUAUUUGGGUCUUUUUCUUUCACUCCCACUUUGUGGGGAUUAGCAAUGAAGAUGAAUUGAAACAACACAGGCAUCUUCAUCUUGUCUGUUAUGCUCAACCUUACAGCUGUACAUGGAUGGACAAAGUGGCAUCACUUUGGUCUCAGAGAUGGAUUGGGGUUUUUUUGUGUUCCUCAACUGAGGCCAAGUGUAUUUUUUGAUGGAAACUGUAUUGUGGCAUUGCAUUUUUUAACACUCACUAGUAAUAUGACUUUUACUUUACUGUCUUUGCUCUCAGUGACAGUCCCAAUACACCAAUGAACAGUGACAAAUGUACCAUGAAGGUGGAUUUCAAGAGUAUUAGAGAAAUAUUUGGGGAUUAAGAUGUGCAAAAUUUUCAUCACUUUACAAGGUAAUUCAGAUAUCUAUAUAUAUACUAUAUAAAUUUAAUUUCAGGUGUUUGUACACCCGAUCUCAUGACAGUAUGUGGGUGGAUUUUUUUUUUGGUGGGAAUGUAUAUAUACAUUUGAAAGAGAUUUCUGAUUUGGAAGUUAUGCAGUUGCGAGCGCCGCAAAACCCCAUACUAAACUAAACUGAUUUGGAAGUUAUGCAGUUGCGAGCGCCGCAAAACCCCAUACUAAACUAAACUGAUUUGGAAGGAUUUCCAAUAAUAUAAUUUAGUCUGGCCUGCUUUGUGCAGACUUGCGUCAAUGUAUGAAGGUCUUUUGUAUGCAUUAGCCCUCCAAUGACCUUUGGGUUUCAUGAUCCCAAGUCUUACUGGCUAUGCUCUAUUGAAAAUGUUUGGUACUGUGAGACAAAAUGUGUUGUGGCAUGGUGGAAUCAGGCACUCGUCAAUUUUUUAAAACUAUAUAUGGAGUUAUUGGCAUCAUGCCUGUUCAUUUGCCUUGUUUUUUAUUUUAAAAAUACCCAUAUAUCUUAAAUAGAAGUUUAGAUAUAUUUAUGGUUGAAAGAGGAGGGGUAGCUUGAUGUCAGAGAUAAACUUGGCUACUAAAUGGCUGCCAAAAUUUGGUGAGUUCCAAGGCUGGUUUACUAGGAAACUGCAUGUUAACAUUUUUUGUGCCUCUGCUCUACAGUUUUCUGUAAAAUCCAAGCAAGAAUGUUUUGGUAAAUGGACAUUAAAGGUGGUGAGCCCAAAAUUUAAAAAAAUUAUAUAAAAACUGCUCAACUAGUGGAAAAUAUCGAUUUCUUUGAUUUCCUUAAUUUGUCGAAUGCCUGAUUUACCGUGGUGCCUCACAAAUUUGUUUCACAAUGUGUAUUCCUGCUGGGUGAAAACUCAGCGCCUACCGCAGAGAAUCAUGUUGUAUCAUGAUAUUGUGAAAGGAAGAACCCUUUGUAAAAAUGAAGACUGCUUAGUUUGUACAUUGGCGUACACCGUACACCUGACAGAUU